GGGGAAAUGCAGACAGCAGAACUUUGACUUUCCACGCUUCGGCCAGCCAGCGCGAGAAUGAGGAAAGCAGAAGCAGUGUUGGCAUUGAUACUCAUCUGGGCGUUGGCAGUAAGGUCUCAGCACCUUGAACCAGGAGCUGACAAUGAACACGUCCGUCCAGAAAGCCAGAAAUGUCCCAGCCGGUGUACUUGCAGUUGUGAUGACUGUAACGAGGAGCUGAACGUCUACUGCAGCACACGGAAUCUCACCAGCCUUCCCGAAGAGGUGCCCAGGGGUGUGAGGAUGUUGUGGCUGGAUGGAAAUAAUUUCACUUCCUUGCCGGCUCUUGCUUUCCGAAACUUCUCCAGCCUGGAGUUUCUCAACCUUCAAGGCAGCCAGCUGACGAGCAUCGAACAGCACGCCUUCCACGGCUUGGAGGGCUUGGACAUCUUGCUCCUGGAACGCAACCGGUUGAAGUCGUUGGCACCCAACAUCUUCCUUCAUCUGCAGAACUUGGCUUCCCUCCGUCUCAACAACAACCAGUUUAGCAAGCUCGAAGAAGGCGUCUUUGCUGGGCUUUCCAAUCUCUGGUCCUUGAACCUUGGAUGGAACUCGUUGGUGGUCCUACCAGACAAAGUGUUUCAUGACCUGCCCAACCUGAGGGACCUGGUCCUGGCGGGGAACAAGCUGCACUAUCUCCAGCAUCAAUUAUUCUACAGCCUCAGCGAGCUGAGAGAACUGGACUUGAGCGGGAAUUCCCUCAAGGGCAUUAAAGGAAACAUCUUCACCAAGCUUCAAAAGCUGCAGAAGCUCUACCUGGGCCACAACCUAAUCAACGCCGUUGCCCCUCGGGCCUUCGUGGGCAUGAAGUCCCUGAGAUGGCUGGACCUGUCCCACAACCGCCUGACCACCUUGUUUGAAGACACCUUCCUGGGGCUCUCGAGCCUGCACGUGUUGCGCCUCUCCAGCAAUUCGAUUGGCAGCCUGAGGCCGAGAACCUUCAAGGACCUCCUGUUCUUGGAGGAGCUGCAGCUUGGCAACAACAGGAUCCGAAGCUUGCCGGAAAAAGGGUUCGACAGGCUGAGCCAACUGGAAUUCCUCACUCUUAACGAAAACCAGAUUCAAGAGAUCCAGGUGGGGGCGUUCUUUGGGCUUUCUAACGUCGCCGUGAUGAACCUUUCUGGGAAUUGCCUCAAGACUAUUCCGGAUUUCAUGUUCCGGGGACUGAGCCAGCUGCACAGCCUGCACCUGGAAAACUGCUGCCUCAGCCGGAUCAGGCCGCAAAUGUUCUCCGAACUUUCCAGUCUGCGGCGGCUCUUCCUGCGGGACAACGCCGUCUCCGAAAUCGAGGGACACAGCCUGAGCCACCUCCACGAGCUCCUCGACCUGGAUCUCAAGCACAAUCGGCUGAGCAGGCUUUCUCCGAACCAGUUCGCGGGCCUCAGGAACCUGGAGUAUCUCCUCCUGUCUUCCAAUCAGCUGGUGGAGAUCUCUCCCAAAGCCUUCGGUCCGCUCCUCCGCCUCUCCUGGCUCGACCUCUCCAACAACCGCCUGGAGACGCUGGACGGCGACGUCUUUGCACCCUUUUCCAAACUGGAAUAUUUGAACCUCCGGAACAAUUCAUUGAGGACCUUCCCGACGGGCUGGCUGGGCCCUUCCCCCACGCUCAUCCAACUCUGGCUGGAAGGGAACCCGUGGCAGUGCAACUGCUCCCUGAAAGGACUGCGGGACUUUGCCUUGCAGAACCCCGGCGUGGUCCCCCGAUACACCCAGUCCGUCACCGAAGGGGAUGUUCCUGUAUAUACUUACAACAACGUCACGUGCCUUCGCCCUGGAGAAGUGGCAGGACUGGACCUGCGGGACGUCGAAGGGGAGCAUUUUGCCGACUGCUAGCUGUUGGUCUUCGGCACGCU